AUGAGUUCCACUCACGACGUCGAUAAGCUCCUCAACGAAGCAGACAAAUGCAAGAUCGAAGCGAAACCACGUCGCCCCACCUGCGUCCAACCAGGAAAGAAAAAAAUGACAAAGGCUGGGUUUGAGAAACAAAAGAAGUUAACAACGGAAACAAAAGAAAAGCCACGUCCCGCGGUGCUUGAGACGGGGGACGAAGUUGCGUCUUCGAGUCGAAAAGUUCCUAUUGGUGGGUUUGGGAUGCCGUGUAUGUUAAUUGCCGAAGAAUUGAAUAAGAGGAAAUCGGGCAGACAGACGAUGGCUCCAAGUAGCUUUAUGAGAAAAGAAAAUUCCCCCCGACAAACUGUUAACCCAGCAAUGCUCAACACUAAUGGUGAAAAGAAAGAUUGGAGAAAAGUUGGAUUUACACCAGCAGCAGCCAAACACACUCCACCAAACAAAGGAAUAAACGAAGAAACAAAAAUUAGUAUCAAAAAAGAGGAAAAGAAAGUUGGUCCAAUUAAUAUGAAAGUCGUCGAAGAGAAAAAGGAACUUAAACGAGAAAAGGACUUCUUGACUAAAGACUCGUUGAAGAAAAAAUCCCCACGAAGAUCUCCUCUUUCUUCACCAAGAAAAUCACCACACUCCGCGAAAGAAAGACCAAUCACGAUGUAUGAAAGAAAUACACCAAAGCGCGAACGGUCAGGUGCAUUGUUAAUUGCUACUAAACUAACACAAACCCCCGCAUUUGCUAACGAACAAAAUUCUCCACAAAAAUCCCCAGUGAAAUUGCAACCAACUUUACCACAAAGAAAUGCGUCAAAAGAUAACACUCAAAUGGGAACUCCAACAAUCGAAAAAACAUCACCACAAAUGACACAACACAAAACAUCUUAUAACAAACCACUGCCCUCGACUACAACAGAUCAACACCAAUCACCACAACCUCUCUAUAAGAAAACACUGCCUAAUCCAUAUGAAAAGGAUCAAAAGAAACCCGAUCUACUGGGAAUGGAAUCAUUACAAGUGGAACCAUUAUCAAAUCCACUGAAAGAAACAGUCCAACAACAAAAUGAUUCAACUGAAGUCAAAGGAACGACUCCUUUGUCAACUCCUAUUAUUCCACAAACUCAAAAAAUCGAUGAGAAAAAGGCUUCUUUGGUCCAAGAAAGUGUAUCUUCAAGCUACUCUUCUUCAUGUGGUAGAAAACCUUCACCACCAAAAUAUGGGAAUGUUUCACCAAACUCUUUCAGUCCGUCUCCAACAAAGUCAACUAAAGCAGACCCAUUCAAAGACCUUGUCAUUCCUAAGGCCCAAAGUGAAAAGAAAAAUGAAGACGCAAAAGAAAAGAUCAAAAAGCCUAUUUCCCCAGUAUUGGAGAACAAAGGAGAGAAAAAGGCCAGCUCCCAACCAACUUCACCACCCCUGAAGAAAGAAAAUGUUUUGUCGACUCUUCCGAAAAAGGUAGCAUCUCCACCAACUAAAGUGCAGAAAGCCACUGAAGGGAAAGUGAUCAAAACACCGACUCCACCACAAAAUGAACCAAAACAAGUUGAUUUCAGAAGUGUUUUGUUCAAUGGGGGGAAAAGCGUGGAAAGUGAGAGUAAAGGACAGACGACGUCUGCGGUGAAACAAAUUAACAAGCCGGUCAAAGUGGCGGCUUCACCAAAAAGUUGUGUUGAAGAUAAAAAGAUGCAAAGUGGGGCAAAGCAAACGGUGCCACCAAAAAGUGAAGUGAAAAAAGAGGAGAGAAAAGCGCCAGUUCUACCAACACGAGGACAAGUGGUACCACCAAAAAGCGAAGAAAAGAGAAAUGGCGUUAUUAAACCACAAGGGAGUAAAACAGGCGUGAAAGAAGAGAAGAAAGAAGUUGGACCAAAAGUGACUGAAAAGAGAGCAAUACUCCAACCCCCACCAAAAAAGACUCCACAAAGCAAUUCACAAUACAAACAAACAACUUUCUGUGAGAAAACAGAGGGAAAGGCUACUACAGGAAACCCACCAAAUAAAACAGAAAGUAAAGUGGUCAAACCAACUCUUACUAAUACGACAGAAACACAACAAUUCGAUUUUAGAAGUGUACUAUUUAAUGGAGGGAAGGGACUUGGUCAAUGA